CACUUUUACUCAAUUUUUCAAAGUGAACACGGAAUUAUGUUACACGUUGCCGCCUGUGAUACGAAAUUACAGCAACGGAAUAUUACCGAUACCCUUAGAAGCGGGUCUGAUGAUCGUAAAACCGCAAGCGGGCUCGUUUUUCUUUCCAAGACGCACUGUGUUUUUCCCGUCCGACCUAGGCCUGUCUCCAAGCAGCGGAGUGGUAGUUUCGGUUGCCCGCCUCGCCCGUGUCGCUGGUUAGGGUGAGAUGAGGACCGAGCGUAGGGAGUUUGGCGGACUAGUUCAAGAUGACUAGCUAGCUAACGCGACUUUGUUUAUAUGCGAAACUCCAUCACUAAUCUACGAUAGGCCUACAGUUUAUAAAUAAAUAAACUAACUAGCAGCGACCGAGUGUAAUGUCCGAUGCAUUGUUGGAAUUAAAAAUCGCACUCAUUUGCCCAGAUCUCGGGUUCUGCGUUUGAUAGAUAACGAGUAAGUUUUUUUGACAUUGCUAAUAAAUAAUGCAAUUUUAGCUAACGGAAUGGCGAUUACGGUCUAACAUUCUGCAGCUAGAUUAUCCAGAAAACUAACGUUAUAGCGUUCGGCUAGUUAGCUAGCUGGCGAGCCAUAUUCUGGUAAUCUUUGAAAAACUUUGUCCAGCGUUAGCUAGUUAUUAUGUAAUUAGCGAUCGCAUCGUGGUUAUUGGGUGCCGGUUAGCUAGCGCACGGUAACUGCGCUUUUUGUUAUGACAGGACUAACGCCGUGAAUGCCUCAUCUGGAGGAAACGGUUUAACGACCCCGCUCAUUGAUAGUAUGGAUCCGGACAGCGGGGCCGACAGUCAGCGAGCUCUCAGUCUGCAGUGGAAGAGUUACAAGCUCAUCCAGGACCCCGCCAUUCGCAGGGUCGCCCAGAAAGUCUACCGAUACGAUGGGGUGCACUUCAGCGUGCCGGACUCGGGGUUCCCCCCUGUGGGAGACCUGCGAGACCCGCGACCUCGCAGGAUCUGGUCCAAGCGCACAGAGCUGGCCCUUCCAGUGCCCAAAUUUAAGCUGGACGAGUACUACGUGGGCCCCAUCCCCCUGAAGGAGGUGACCUUCGCGCGCCUCAACGACAACAUCCGCGAGCCCUUCCUGGCCGAGAUGUGCGCCAAGUUCGGCGAGGUGGAGGAGAUGGAGAUCCUCUUCCACCCCAAGACCCGCAAGCACCUGGGCCUGGCCCGCGUGCUCUUCACCAGCACCCGGGGGGCCAAGGACACCGUCAAGCACCUGCACAACACCUCCGUCAUGGGCAACAUCGUCCACGCGCAGCUGGACAUCAAAGGCCAGCAGAGGAUGAAAUACUAUGACCUGAUAGUGAGUGGCUCGUACACCCCCCAGACUGUCCCCACGGGGGGGAAGGCCCUGACGGAGCGGUUCCAGCCCCCUGUCCCCGCGCACCCCGACACGUCCUCGGACGUCCGGCGGCGUCUCUCGGCCGACGCGAUGGCGGCCGGCAUGGCGGCGCCGCCCCUGACGCCCGGCAGCACCACGCCCUGCUCCUCGGACACGGGCUUCAGCGAGCAGCGCCUGGACACGCCCCCGUCCUCCAUGGGGGGGCCCUACACGCCCGGCUCGUCCGCCUCCUCCCAGGGCGGGGGCACGCCCUACACCCCCCGCUCCGGGACCCCCUUCUCCCAGGACUCGGGCUUCUCCAACAGACACGGCGCCGCGGGCUUCGGCGGGAACAGCUACCCGCCUCCGGACCUGCUCCCCUCUUCCUCCUGCUCUUCCUCGGCCGUGUCCUCCUCCUCCUCCUCCAUGGGAGGCUACAAGGCCUCCCGGUACCACGAGGACGCGCACGCCCUGCCGCAGGAGCACCCGCCGUACCACAGGGGGCGCCCCGCCUACCCCCCGCCCCCCGCGGGCCCCUACCGGCCCAACGAGCCGCCGGCCUACCCCCCCUUCUCCAACCCCGGGGGCGGCGGCGGCGGCGGCGGCCCGCACAUGCAGCUCCACCCGCCCUUCCCCCCGCCGCCGCCCGGCUCCCAGUACGACCCGCCCGCCCACUCGGAGAGAGAGCGGGAGAGAGAGAGGGAGCGGGAGAGGGAGCGGGACCGCGACCGGGAGAGAGAGAGGGAGCGGGACCGAGAGGCGGGGCGCUACGGCUCCGCGAUCGGGUCCAGGCGGUCCUCCUACCACCACUACCCGCUGGACACGAACUCUUCCUCCUCGUCCUCCUCCUCCUCGUCCUCCAAGGCGUACCACUCGCACCACCACCACUCGGAGCGGCGGGAGGACCGGAGUCGCCGGAGCGGCAGCAGCGGCUCCGCCUCCCGGGGCGGAGACCACGCCCACCAGAGGCACCGCAACCACCACCACUCCCACAACCACCACGGCGGCGGCGGCGGCGGUGGCGGCGUGGGCAGCGGGGGGAGGCGGCGGUCCAGCCACGACCGCGACCGCGAGAGGGACCGCGAUCGGGACCGCGACCGGGCCGCCCGCGACGGCGAGUACCCCAACAGCCACCCGAACUCCGGCGCGGGCCACGCCUCUUCCUCCGCCGCGCAGGUGUCCUCCAACAGCCUCUCCCCGCCCCCUUCCUCCGCCGCCUCCUCCUCCUCCUCCUCCUACCCUUACCCCCCGUCCAAAGAGCAGCCCCCGCUGCCCCCCCACGACCCGGCCCCGCCCUCGCGCCCGGAACCGCCGCCAGUCUUCCGUCCGCCCGCGGGGGGCGGGGCCGGGGCGGAGAGGGUCGCCGGGAGCGACAAGGACUACAGGCUCCUCCCGCACCACGCCCCGCUCCCGCCGCCGCCGCCGCCCCCGCUGCCCCCGGCGUCCGUCAUCGCCGCCGCCGUGGCCGAGACCUACGGCGCGGCCGACUACGGCCAGGACAGCCCCGAGAAGGAGCAGUGGGUCCGCCCCAAGAGGAGACCCAGCACCCCGCCCUCCCCGCCGCCCCCGCAGGCCGCCGGCCCCGCCGCCUCCUCCUCCCCGCCCAACCCCUGCAUCACCUCCUCCUCCUCGCCCUCGUCCUCCUCCCGGCCCCUCUCCCCGUCCCUGCCGCCCCUGCAGCGAAACUCCUCCUCCCCCGAGCCGGACUCGACCAAUGAGAGCCUGCCGUUCGUCUACCACAGCAGCAGCCUGGACUCGCGCAUCGAGAUGCUGCUGAAGGAGCAGAAGGCCAAGUUCUCCUUCCUGGCCUCCGACGACGAGGACGAGGAGAAGAAGGGCGAGGAGGAAGAGGAGGGGAGCGGGAGGGGGCGGGUCCGCGGCGGCGGCGGGAGGGGGCGGGGCCCCGGCGACGGCGACGGCGACCGCGCCGGAAGGCAGGAAGCAGAAGCAGAAGGACGACGCCGCCGCCGCCGCCGAGCGGGACAGGCACCGGCGGCGAGACGGAGGGGCGGGGCCCGGCCCAGGCCCCGCCCAGCAGGACGGAGGCCGCGCCCGGAGGAAGGGGGAGCGGGAGAGAGAGCGCGACGGGCGCCGCCGGAAAGGCCGGAAGGAGGGGGAGGGGGCGGAGGGGCGGAGCCCGGCGCUGGCGGCCGCCGCCCCCUCCUCCUCCACCACCUCCACCACCACUGCCACCUCCUCCUCCUCCUCCGCCUCCUCCGCCCGCACCCCUACCCCGGACUCUGCCCCCGCGGCGCUCAGCCGCCCCGAGCCGGCCCACUCCGGACCGACAGACCCCCGCAAGAGGGCACACACGCCCUCCACCUACAACGGACAGGGCCAGCAGUCCCCACACUCCUCCGGGGAGGACAUGGAGAUCUCGGACGAGGACGACGGGAACGCCCUCGCGGCCGGCGCCUCGGCCCCGCCCCCCUCCUCCUCCUCGCCCCUCGCCCCCCAGUCCCAGGCGGCCACGCCCUCCCAGGCGACCGACCCGGCCGCCGCCGCCGCCGCCGCCUCGUCCUCCUCCCCUCCUCCCCCCCGCCCCCGUCCUCGGACUCCGCCCAGCAGCGCUUCGGCGCCGUCCUGCCCCCGCCCAUGCCCUCCUUCCCCCCGCACCUGCCCCCGCCCCCGCCGCCGGGCUUCUCCCUGCAGCCGCCGCCGCCCCCGCCGCCCGGCAUCCCCCCGCCCCUGCCCCGCCUGGAGCUGCCCCCGGAGUUCCCCCCGCCCGUCCCGCUGCACAUGUACGACUACGCGGGCUCGGUGGAGCUGGCCAGCCAGUGCGGCGGCGGCGGCGGCGGCGGCGGCGGGGGAGGGGCCCCCAUGUCCUUCCAGAUGCAGACGCAGAUGCUGAGCCGCCUGCACCAGCUGCGCAUGUCCUCCAGCAACGGGGCCGCCUCCCCCGGCGACGGCGAGUACCCGCCGUCCUACCCCCACGCCCUGUCCCACCUGCGCCCGCUGCCCCCGCCGCCGCCGCCGCCGCACCACCCCUACAUGGACCAAGAGGGCGGCGGCGCCGUGCGCUACGACCAGGACCACCGCUACAUGCCCCCGCCCAUGCCCUACGCCUACCCGGACCCGCACAACCCCCAGCUGCCCCCGCCCCACCCGCCGCCGCCGCCCCCCCACCACGGCCUGCCGCCCCCGCCGCCCUCCCCCUGGCCCCCCCACAUGGUGCCGCACCCCUACCCGUCCUACCUGCACCCGCCACCCCCCUUCGGGCCGGACGGCGCGGCGGCGGCGGCGGCGACGGCGUACGGGGCGCGCUUCGGGGAGGCGGGGGGCGCGGGCCUGCCCCAGCACCCCCACGAGGCCACGGUCCAGAUGGUCCUGGCCACGCUGAUCCAGGAGAUGAAGAGCAUCAUGCAGAGGGACCUCAACCGCAAGAUGGUGGAGAACAUCGCCUUCGGCACCUUCGACGAGUGGUGGGAGCGGAAGGAGCGCAAGGCCAAGCCCUUCCAGACGGCGGUGCGGGGCUUGACCGCCGUGCGGGAGGAGGAGAAGAAGGAGGAGAAGGAGAAGCCGAGCGGCCGGCCGCGGGAGCCACUGCUCUCCCUGGUGGACUGGGCCAAGAGUGGCGGCCUGGAGGGGUUCUCCCUGAGGGGAGCUCUCAGGCUGCCCUCCUUCAAGGUGAAGAGGAAAGAGAUCACAGAUGGUGGGGACCUGAAGAGGCCCCGCCCCUCCACCCCGGCCGACGAGGAAGACGAAGACCUGUACCAGGAGAAAGGCCCCGGGGCCCCCGGGGGCCUGGACGAGGGGCCCGAGGCGGAGAUGGACGGGAGGAGGAGGAGGGCAAAGAGGAUGAAGAGGCAGAAGGCCCUGGGCCUGGACAGCGAGGGAGAGGAGACGUCGGACGGCUCCUCCUCAGACAAGGAGGACGAUGAAGAUGACGACAGCGAUAAAGAGGAUGAUUCAGAAGACGAGGCCAUGAGCGCCGACAGCGAGGACGAGAGCUCUUCCUCGUCCUCCUCGGAGAGCUCUUCCUCUUCCUCGUCCUCCUCGUCCUCCUCCUCGGAAGACGAAGAGGAGGACGAGGAGGAGGGCGAGCGAGCAGGGGAGAGCGAGGGCCUGGACACCAUGGACGAGUCGACGAUGGACAGCACGGCGCAGGAUGUGGAGAGGGAGCAGAGGGAAAGGGCGCAUCUCAGCCAAUCGGGAGUGGCCGUUGUUUCAGGCUUGGAACCCGCCCGGAGUGCAGAGGUCCAAUCAGUGAAAAUGGCGGCGGAAGCGGAGGGGAAGGACGCGGCUGCUGCUCUGGAGUGCCGCCCGCCGAAGCCGCCGCCCCCCCGCCCCUCCUCCCCCAUCCUGCUCCUCCCCCCCCUCAAGAAGCGGCGCAAGACCGUGUCCUUCUCAACGGAGGAGGUGGAGAGCAGGGGCCCCCCGCCCCCCUCCCUGCUGACCUCGCCCCCCUCCCCCGCCCCCACGCAGUCCCUGCUCCUCUCCCCGGUCAGGGCCCAGCUGCCCGAGUCCAUCCUCACCGGCUCCGCCCCCGCCACGCCCACCGCCCCGGCCAAGCCCCUCCCGGUGCUCCUCCCGUUCGCCUCCAAGCCAGGCGAGGCCGCCUCCCUCUCCCCGUCCUCCCCCGCCCGGGUCCUCACCGUCCCGCCCCCCGUCCGCUCCCUGCGCCCGGACGAGCCCCCGAAGAGCCCCGGGCCGCCGCCCCCGCCGUCCCCCCAGGCCGGCGCGCCCGCCAAGUCCCCGCCCGCCUCCAAGCGAGGGGCCAAGGACUCCGCCCCCUCCCCGACCACGCCCGUCUGCCGCACCGUGCAGAACCUGCCCCUGGACCACGCCUCCAUGGUCCGCCUCUCCUUCGAGGAGCCCGCCCCCUCCCCCGGCCCCGCCCAGAGGGGCCGCCCCAGGGGCCGCCCCAGGACGGUCAGCCUCUCGGCCCCGGCCCCGGCCCCGGCCCCGGCCUUGCCCCCCGCCGGGGGGGAGGAGGCGCGGGAGGAGGAGCAGCAGGAGGCGCGGGAGCAGAAGCUGCGGCUGAAGGAGGAGCUGGGCGCCUCGGGCCUCCUGCAGCUGGCCUCGGCGGGCGACCUGUCGGUGCUGGCGGCCGUGGCGCUCAAGCUGGACCCCGACGCGCAGGACUCGGAGGAGACGGAGACCUCGGACGAGGCCGAGGAGAUGCAGCAGGAGCUGGAGAGGGAGGAGGCCCCGCCCCCGGCCCCGCCCGCCCUCAGCCCCGAGGGCUUCCUGGUCCUGCAGGAGCACAACUACUCCAGGCUCCCCUUCGUCCCCUCGCCCGCCCUCGCCGCCGCCGCCGCCGCCCCAGCCCACAGGAGGCCCAAAGCCGAAGCCCACCCCCCCGCGCUCCCCGCCGACAUCGACCUCCACGCCGCCUCCGGCGUUCUGGAGGCGCCGGAGGAGGUCAUCGGGGAACCGCCGGUGGCCAAGGCGGAGCCCGCCGAGCUCUACCCGCCCUUGGAGCCCCUCCCCGGGUUAGGCGCGCUAGGCGAGACCGGGGAUGCUGAGGCCAAGGCCCCCGUCGCCGCCGCGCCCCUGAGGAAGAGGGGGGCCGGGGACGCGGAGGUGGAGGAGGAGGCGAUGGGGAAGGUCAAAGGGAGGAAGAAGAAGAGGAAAGAGAAGGAGAAGCAGGAGCAGCUGCAGAUGAAGAAGCAGAAGGAACGACAGGGCAGGAAGCAGAGGAAGAAGCCGUUCGAGGAGCUGGACCUGGAGGAGGAGGUGGACGUGGAGCAGCUGGAGCCCGGGGAGCUCAGCAACUCGGAGGAGGAGCCGGAGAAGGAGGAGGAGGAGGAGCAGCGGCAGCUGGAGUGGGAGCAGCGGGAGGACCUGCGCAAGAGCGAGCGGCUCUUCCUGCAGCCGGCCCGGCCCAAGGCCGCCGCCCCCGCCGCCGCCCCCGUCGCCCGCCACGCCCCCAAGCGGUACGACCUGCGCAGCGAGUUCGAGCAGAUGACCAUCCUGUACGACAUCUGGAACUCGGGCCUGGACACGGAGGACAUGCGGCUGCUCAAGACCACCUACGAGAAGCUGCUCCAGGACGACCACAGCACCGACUGGCUCAACGACACCCACUGGGUCCACCACACCAUCACCAACAUCCCGAACCCGCGGCGCAAGAAGAAGAACCAGGACGAGCAGCUGCGGGAGCACCAGACGGGCUGCGCGCGCAGCGAGGGCUACUACGCCAUCAGCCGCAAGGAGAAGGACAUCUACCUCGACCUGGACCCCGUCUCCUCCCUGGAGCCCGACUGCGACAACACGGGGACGAACCGCAUCCUGUCGGAGAGGCGUUCGGAGCAGCGGAGGCUGCUGAGCGCCAUCGGGAGCACGGCGGUCAUGGACUCCGACCUGCUCAAGCUCAACCAGCUGAAGUUCCGGAAGAAGAAGCUGAGGUUUGGCCGCAGUCGGAUCCACGAGUGGGGCCUGUUCGCCAUGGAGCCCAUCGCCGCGGACGAGAUGGUCAUCGAGUACGUCGGCCAGAACAUCAGACAGAUGGUGGCUGAUAAUCGGGAGAAGCGCUAUGCCCAGGAGGGCAUUGGCAGCAGCUACCUUUUCCGAGUGGACCACGACACCAUCAUCGACGCCACCAAGUGUGGCAACCUGGCCCGCUUCAUCAACCACUGCUGCACUCCCAACUGCUAUGCGAAGGUCAUCACCAUUGAGUCCCAGAAGAAGAUCGUGAUCUACUCCAAGCAGCCCAUCGGGGUCAACGAGGAGAUCACCUACGACUACAAGUUCCCCAUCGAGGAGAACAAGAUCCCCUGUCUGUGCGGGACGGAGAACUGCCGUGGCACGCUCAACUAGACCUGAAACGGGACGGCAGGGAUUGAGGGGGGGGGGGGGGAGGGUCCCCGAAAGGCUCUCCCUCUUCUCUCUGCUAACCCCCGUCAGAGAACACCCUUUUAAAAAAAAAAAAAAAAAAAACGCACACGGAGCCUCCCCUUUUCCGCCAAACCCCGCCUCCUGUUCAUCUAAACCUGACCGCCUUCCACCCAAACUCCGCCCCCUCCUGCCCAGGCCCCGCCCCAUCUUCCAUCCAUCCAUCCAUCCAUCCAUCCAGACCUCGCCUCCUCCCUCAGAGCACCGCCGCGGUUCGCUCGAAACCCCGCCCCUCCCUCAGAACCCCGCCCCUCGGCGCACUGUCACAGCCGCUCUGACCCGGUUUCUGUUUUGCGUGUGUCUGCUGCACUUUGAGCACCUUCGCCCCCCCCAGCCUCCCCACGGGACACAGCCCGGCGAAGACGGCGUCUCCUAAAGCCGCGGUAACAGUCUGACGGCGACCGUGUCCCCUGCAGGGUUAUCCAUUCCCGGCUCUCUCUCCUGCGGCAGGAGGAGGAGGAGUACUACCGCACGCUAGUCGCUCGAUAUUUGGUUGCGGGUCCCACCCGCACCCUCCGGCGGAAUAGUCUGGUUACACCUUGCGUGUAUA